AUGAAGUUCAAGAAGCUCACGAAUGCCCAGCGUUCUGGUUUGAACCAAAUUCCCAACCGUCGAUUCACUCUUUGGUGGUCCCCGACUAUCAACCGUGCCAAUGUCUAUGUUGGUUUCCAGGUGCAGCUGGAUCUGACUGGUAUUUUCUUGCACGGCAAGAUUCCCACUCUGAAGAUCUCCCUGAUUCAAAUCUUCCGUGCCCAUUUGUGGCAAAAGAUUCACGAGUCCGUGGUCAUGGACUUGUGUCAGGUGUUUGACCAGGAGUUGGAGCAGCUCGGCAUCGAGGCUGUUCAGAAGGAGACGAUUCACCCCCGUAAGUCUUAUAAGAUGAACAGUUCUUGUGCAGACAUUCUACUCUUCGCCACCAAUAAGUGGAACGUUACCCGGCCCUCUCUGCUCUUUGACACCAAGGAUGUCUACGAGCCUACCACAACCAACAAGUUCUGGCUCGAUGUGCAAUUGCGAUAUGGUGACUACGACUCUCAUGACAUCGAACGCUAUGUUCGUGCCAAGUAUCUUGAUUACACCACGGAUAGCAUGAGUAUCUACCCCUCGGCUACUGGUCUAAUGAUUGGUAUCGAUCUUUCAUACAACCUGUACUCUUCUUAUGGUCAGUACUUCCCUGGUUUGAAGACGUUAGUUCAACAGGCCAUGGCCAAGAUCAUGAAGGCCAAUCCUGCCUUGUACGUUCUGCGCGAGCGUAUCCGCAAAGGUCUGCAGCUGUACGCCUCCGAGAGCAACCAGGAGUUCCUUAACUCCCAGAACUAUUCGGAGCUUUUCAGCCCGCAGAUUCAGCUGUUCAUUGAUGACACUAAUGUCUACCGUGUCACCAUUCACAAGACAUUCGAGGGUAACUUGACCACCAAGCCCAUUAACGGUGCUAUCUUCAUCUUCAACCCCCGAACUGGACAAUUGUUCCUAAAGAUCAUUCAUACCAGUGUCUGGGCUGGUCAAAAGCGUUUGGGUCAGCUGGCCAAGUGGAAGACGGCCGAAGAAGUUGCAGCCCUUAUUCGCUCUCUGCCCGUUGAAGAGCAACCGAAGCAGCUCAUUGUCACUCGUAAGGGUCUUCUUGACCCCCUGGAGGUUCACCUGCUCGACUUCCCCAACAUCUCCAUUCGUGCGUCUGAGCUCCAGUUGCCCUUCCAGGCUGCCAUGAAGGUCGAGAAGCUCGCGGAUAUGAUUCUCCGUGCCACCGAGCCUCAGAUGGUUCUCUUCAACCUGUACGACGAGUGGUUGAAGUCUAUUUCUCCAUACACUGCUUUCUCUCGACUCAUUCUCAUCCUCCGUGCUCUUCAUGUCAACAUUGACAAGGCCAAGAUUAUUCUCCGGCCUGACAAGACCGUUAUCACCCAGGAGCACCACAUCUGGCCAUCUCUCUCUGACGAGGAUUGGAUCAAGGUUGAAGUGCAGCUGCGUGAUCUGAUCCUGAACGACUAUGGCAAGAAGAACAACGUGAAUGUCCAGAGUUUGACCAGCAGUGAAGUGCGAGAUAUCAUUCUGGGUAUGGAGAUCAGUGCACCCUCGCUCCAGCGCCAGCAGGCGGCCGAGAUUGAGAAGCAGCAGGAGGAGCAGAAGCAGCUCACUGCUGUGACCACCAAGACUCAGAACGUGCGUGGAGAGGAUAUUAUCGUCACGACCACGUCACAGUACGAGCAGCAGUCCUUCGCAUCCAAGACCGAAUGGCGUACUCGGGCGAUCGCCACCUCGAACCUGCGGACGAGAUCCAACAACAUCUAUGUCUCCUCGGAUGACAUUCGCGAUGAUGGAUACACCUAUGUCAUGCCAAAGAAUAUUCUCAAGCGAUUCAUUACCAUCGCCGAUCUUCGUGUCCAGGUUUCGGGCUAUCUCUACGGUAGCUCCCCACCGGACAACGACCAGGUCAAGGAGGUUCGCACCAUCGUCAUGGUCCCGCAGGUCGGCAAUACACGGGAUGUCCAAUUACCGCAUGAGCUGCCCCAGCACGACUACCUGAACAACCUGGAGCCGCUGGGCGUCAUCCACACGGUGUCGGGCAACGAGCCGCCCUACAUGUCGGCGGCUGAUGUCACACAGCAUGCCCGGCUCAUGAACGCACACCCGUCGUGGGACAAGAAGACCGUGACUAUGACUGUCUCUUUCACUCCUGGAUCAGUGUCACUUGCCGCGUGGGGCCUGACCCCUGACGGGUAUAAAUGGGGUGCUGAGAACAAGGACAUGACUUCGGACCAGCCUCAGGGCUUCUCCACCAGUAUGGGUGUGAAAUGCCAGCUGCUCCUCAGUGACCGUGUGCGCGGCUACUUCCUUGUUCCCGAGGACAAUCUAUGGAACUACAGUUUCAUGGGCAGCUCCUUUGGCAGUGUGGAGAAGAGACCCAUUUACGUCAAGAUCGAUACGCCACUUCGAUUCUACGAUGACCAGCACCGACCCCUGCACUUCCAGAACUUUGCUGAGCUGGAGGAUAUCUGGGUCGAUCGGUCGGAUAACUUUGAGUAA